AUAACAAAGCGCGCAUUUGAAUAACAUUUUGUAAAAACAAUUCAAAUAGCAGAGCAAAUAAUCCAUUAAACAAAAGGUGAUAAACUAUCCACUACCCUAUUUCAGCUAUUAUGAUUGGAAUGAAGCGUUCGAAGGAAAAGUAUAAUUUACGCAGUAAAGAUGAGUCUCCAAGUUCAAGUGAAGAAGAGAACAUAUCAGAUCCUUCCACCGAUAUAUCCCCACAACUUGUCAUUUCCAAGCACUCACUUAUGCAAAGGCGCUUAUCCACAGCAAAGAGUAUAUCUGAAUUUCCUUUUAGUAAGAAGCGUGUUCGUGUAUUAAGUUCCGAGGAUAAAGUAAGUGAAGUCCAAUGCGGCGGUAUACUCUAUUGGAUGUUACGUGAUGCGCGGGUGCAAGACAAUUGGGCAUUAUUAUUUGCACAACGUCUAGCUUUGAAAUUUGAACUUCCACUUAUAAUUAUAUUUUGUAUCACACCGCAAGAUGCGAAUAUUGCAAAGCGGCAAUAUGAAUUCCUUUUGAGUGGUUUAGAAGAACUAGAAUACGAACUACAUGAGCUAUCAAUUCCUUUGCACUUAUGCUUUGGAGCAGCAGCCUGUUGUUUAAUAGAAUUUGUACGCUUGCAUGAAAUCUCCGCUGUUGUUUGUGAUUUUUCGCCCUUACGCGAGCACCAACAACACGUCGAUGAAGUCAAAUUACUUUUACCUGUCGACAUACCAUUUACCCAGGUUGAUGCACACAAUAUAGUGCCAUUAUGGGUAACUUCCCAUAAACAAGAGUUUGUGCCUUUUUAUAUGCGUCGUAGGAUUUACCCAAUAUUGGAUGAAUAUCUUACAGAAUUUCCACCAGUAAUAAAACAUCCACAUAAUAAGAAUAUUUUCAAUAUUAAACGUGCAGAUUGGAAGAAAGCCCGAAAUUGGUUUGAUGGUGAUUGCUCGGUGGGUGUUGUAAAGUGGGCAAAAUCGGGUUAUACCGCGGCAUGUGAGCAAUUGCAGAGCUUUUGUACUAAACGUUUACCCAUUUAUGGCGAAAAACGUGAUGACCCAACAGUAAAUGCAUUAUCAGGGUUAUCACCAUGGAUUCGCUUUGGCCAAAUUUCCGCACAACGCUGUGCUCUGGAAGUAAGGCGAUACUCAUCUAAAUGCCAAAAAUCUGUGGAAGCCUUUUGUGAAGUGGCAAUUAUUCAUCGCGAAUUGGCGGACAAUUUCUGUUAUUACAAUAAAAACUAUGACAAUCUUAAGGGGAUAUAUUCAUGGGCAUUUAAUACACUUGAUGAACACCGUUAUGAUGAGCGCAAUCCUUCCUAUCAACUUUCAGAAUUCGAACAAGCAAAUACACAUGAUGACCUCUGGAAUGCUGCUCAAAUACAACUGGUUCGUGAAGGCAAAAUGCACGGAUUUCUUCGUAAGUAUUGGGCUAAAAAGAUACUGGAAUGGUCCAACUCACCAGAAGAGGCGCUAGAAAUUGCAAUUUAUUUAAACGACAAAUAUAGUUUAGAUGGCAGAGAUUCCAACGGUUAUGUGGGUUGCAUGUUCUCAAUUGGUGGUUUACAUGAUGGUGCCUAUCGCAAUAGAGCAAUUUUUGGUAAGAUCCGUUACAUGAAUUACAAAGGAUGUCAGCGUAAAUUUGACGUAAGGGCCUUUGUUGCUCGUUAUAAUACCAAUGAAGUUAUAAAUUAAAUAUUUAACUCAAUGUUUCAAUUCUUAUCGAAAACAUUUUUACAAGUAUUAAAUACAUUC